UAUGAUACACACGUGGACUGCUCGCAUCCUGUCAGGGGCCCCUCUCGUGCCUGUGUUAAUAACGGUCAUAACAGAAUGAAAUUAUAUUUAUACAAAACAUGGCGACGAAGAACGUUUUAGGAUGUCACGUUAAUCGAGUUUCGUAAUUCAUUGUGGUUUUACGUGGUAAACUUCCGUAUGUUUCUUGCUAUCCCCCAUUCUGGAUCUUACCUGAGGUUGUUACCUGCAAGCUACGUAUUUGUGUUAAGAGACGCAACACUAUAGAAAUAGAUACCACAGCAUGUCAAGGUGAACACACAAAUAGGAGCCGUCAGGUGUAAUAACGAAACGAUCUUGUUUGGAUAUAUUUCUUUACACGAAUGAUCUGCGGUCAUUGUCCUUACUUCGGGAUAUAAGAUUGAAAGAUGGCGGGACUAAAUAACAUUUCAUCAAAAAGGGAUUUGUAGUGUUCUUCUACAGAUAUUUUUUUUGGAUGGAGUGUGACAUUUAAUUUGUUACGCCAUAGUAGUUGUCACGAGUUAAGACAGCAUUUUGCCUCAGGUGCAUAGACUGAAAGUGCGUUUACAUUUUAAAACACAAAAUUGUUCAUAAACAAAAAUGUUGUUUAGACAUUUAGUAAAUGUUGAAUUCAUGUCGAUUUGAACGAUAUUCUGAAAGAAAAAUGGAAAAGUGUAACAGUUUCAAUUUUAACUCUUGUGAUAUGAAUUAUAUCCUGCAUCAAGGAUCAUAAUACACAAAAGAGAUUAUCUGAGCUUGUGUUUAGCUAAAGUUACAAAGGAUUCAACCACGAUGGGAACUCCACAUUGGGUGUCGAUGUUUGAUGAUCCGCGAAAGUACCCAGACUCGCCAUUCGUGUCGGACAGCUGUUUAAGCACCGUCCAGGAAUCCCGGUGUGGCGAGUGGGUGCAAGAUGUCCGGAGAAUCUCCAAGGAAAGCCUCAUGAGCAGGCCACUACCAGAUAUCCCAAAGCAGUCACCUAUAAUAUCCCGGCACCGGAACCUCUCACCCGUCACUAGCUUCGACAACAAAUGUUACCAUGACAACCAUAAAGAAAUCCAUCGGAUGAAAACCGUAGAAGACACAAAUAAGCGAAGAAGAAGUAAGCGCCAUAACAACGACACAUCGCUGAGACGAGAUACCAAAAAUGAUAUGAGAGAAACGUCCGUGACCUUGACACUAUCAGUUAAAAACAGCAGUAAAAAACAUAAAUACAGAGACGAAUAUGUUGGAAUGAACAACGCGAACCAUUCUGAGGUUUCGACUGUGUUAAAUCAUAAACCAGGACUCGGGGAUUCUUAUUUUCGUAAGGAAUCUGAAAAUUCUGGAACGGAACUUGUACGUGAUUUAUCCAGAAAAAAGAGGCGACGGAAUGUGUGCAUUAUACCUAUGUUAAUAAUGACUGUUUUGAUAAUAGGGGGACUUUUUACUGCCAUAGCUGUUGUAUUCCUACGUCCAUUAGAAGAAGAAGCAGAAACAGACGAAUCAGGCUACAAAAUGGUUGUUGCCAGUGUACAACUUCGUCUACUAAAUCAAACGUUCAAUAAAGACAUGCGAAACAGAAACACAAAGAAAUAUGCAGAAAUAGAGGAACCCCUCUGUCAUGAGAUGGAUGGAAUGUUUCUAUUUAGCGAAUAUUCAGGAAAUUACUACGGGUGUAAAGUUAAGAUGUUAAGAUCAGGAAGUAUUCGUGUACUAGAAGAGCUAAUUUUCAGAGAAACACAUGAACUUAGGAAACCGACUUCCAUACAAGACCUUAUUAAGAUGUCCUCGCCGUCUUUUGAUUGGAAAGGGGUCAGGGUAAUAAAUGUAGGUGAUUUUGUCGUGGACUAUGAAAGUAUUAAAGUACAGGUGGAUCUACAGAAGUUCCCAGAACUACCCACGAAACCUCUGUUGAGUGUAGCCAACGUGUUCAGUGGUGUUUCCCCGUCAACAACACCUAUUUCUUUGUCCACUAAGCGGAUCCUUGAAAGGCCCAAACUAUGGAAGUGGGGUAAAUCAACAGUCGCCACCACUACUAGUCGCAAGUCUGCUGCUAAGCCUACUACCAUGACAUCUGCAGUUGUACCAGAUCACAGAGACAAUCCAACAACAAAAGCACAGAACCCGUCUGGAGUUAAAACUACUAAGCAAGACAAAUUCGACGAAACGACUUACUCUACCACAACAACAACAAAACCGUCAUCUGCUACAUCAUCAGAGUCACCUACUACGUCACAAUACCCAGUCAUCGCAGAAAUGAUGACGUCAUCUAAAGAUAGGCAUGACACAACAACAGUAGCAACGCAAUUCGAAGAAGAAGGUUUUUCCACAACUGUGCACGUGCCACCUACUAGUGGAAGUCCAUCUAUUAGCAUGUCCAAUGUCGGGUCACCAGUUCCUGGAGGAUCUGUGGUUGUCCAGUGUGUGCAUCAUAACCUUGCGAAAUGGACUCACCUCACUGUUACGCAUGACCGGAAAGGGGCAGGAACUACUAAAGUACUGAACGUCUCCUCGGACGGUAGUCCAGAUCCUCCGGACGAAAAGUAUACAGACAGACUGAUCGUUCAGCUCAAACUAAGCGAAACCUCUGCCAGCGUUUCCCUUAAUUUUACUAAAAUUGAUUGUACCGACGAGGGGUCAUACGUCUGCAAUGUCUAUAGCCAGGAGAGGAAUCUGACCGAAAGAGGAUAUCUAUACAUAAGAGCCUCACCUACUACACCGGAAGUGACAAUGCCUUUAGAAAUAGUGGACCAACGCGAAAUUAAGGAACCAAUCAGAUGUACAGCCAAUGUUGGAUACCCCGUCGGGACACUCAAGUGGUUUGUUAAACCCCGAGGUCACACUAAAUUUAUUCCUCUCGACGUGUCAAACAUAAAAUAUUCUGGAGAAUGUGACAAUAUUGCAACAAGUGUGUUCAAACUGAUACCUGCGAUGGAAGGGAACGGAACAGUGCUGAAGUGUGCCGUUGUCAAUCCGUAUUUCCCUCUGGCGAAAAAACUAUCGACUACAACGAUUUGGAAAGUUAUUCCUGCUAGUUUAUGCGUUGGAAAGCCUGACAACCACAUGACUCGCCACCCGUACCGCUGUGAUCACUAUAUCAGGUGUAACAACAGCACGGUGCACGUCCUCAAGUGCGAUAACAAGCUCUGCUUCAACACCGAGACCAAUACAUGUGGCCAGACAGGUAUUGUGAUGCAUGACGUGGUGGCCUAUAUGAAUGAAGGUGUGACGUCACUGACGUGCCGUGUGCAACAUCUCGGUUCCUGGAGUGCACUUCGUCUUAGGAAGAUACUGUCAUCUGGUGACAGUAUCACAAUUGUAGUUGCAUCCAACAAAACAAAUGUAACAAUUCAGGAUCCGAACAUGCGAGGGCGACUGUUUGCGGAUAUUCAAACGACUCAGUAUGAAGCUAACCUUAAACUAUGGAUUUACACAUUAGAGUGCGAUGAUGCGGGAACGUAUCUUUGUGAGGCGGAUGUUGAUUAUGAGUUACCCGCAACACGUGCACAGCUCACUCUCAAAGUGAAGCCAAAACCGCCACAGAUCACGAGUCCAAUAGAAAUCCUGGAAGGGAAACGACUCAGGCAAAGCUUUACGUGUGAGGGAGAGGUAGGGUAUCCCAAUGGUGCCCUACGGUGGGAAGUCAAGUACAAGGACCAAACCAAGUUUUCCGCAGUUUCUUUGGCAGUAUUCAACGACACCAAGACUAAAUCCGUGGUCGGGAACUGCUCCAAAAUCAUCAGGCGAGAAUUGUCCUUUACACCUUCAACAGAACAAGACGAAAUGGUGUUGAGAUGUGUUGUUGAAAAUAACGACACAUUACCAGAUGGGCAGACAUUGUGGGAUUCGUUCAAAGUUCAUGUCAUUCCAGCAAACUUCUGUAGUUCCGACAACUCAACGUACCUGAUCCACCCUCACAACUGUCGACAGUAUAUCCAGUGUGCCCUGGGAUACCUGUACGUCCGACAGUGUAGCGUCGGUCUCUGCUUCAAUCCCGACACUCAACAGUGUGACAUCCCAGAACCGAUAGAGUUCACUGUCUUUGAUCCAGAGUUUCCUUGUCGACCAAACAAAAAUGGUGUAUACUUUCCACAUGCCUUCCUCUGUAACAAGUACACGUGGUGUGUACAAGGAAAGGGAAUCCUCCAACACUGUCCCUUAGGAACUCUCUACCUGGCAGACGGCCAAUGCACAUUUAACACAGAACAGUCGCUCUGCUACAGCAAGGACGAGUUAUGAUAACUUUAGAAGGUUUAUUUAUCUGAAGACCACACAAUGGACCAAUCGUUUAAAACUACCCUUGUCAUGUUCUCAAGAGAUCUUAGUUAAUAUACCGUGGAAUGAACGAAUUGUGAUAGUUCAUGUUAAGUAUGAAGAUUUCGUUGGAUUAACAUAUGAUAAAUUCAAAGUUCGGCGUGAUAAAGAUUUAAACACAUUGAAUCUUUCCUUGUCAAAGUUGUGCUAAGCACUGCACAAUGUUGUGAUGGUUAAGCUUCAUGGCUAUCUGCAAACUAAGCUUUGGGCUAAUUGUUGAAUAAUUACCUAAGAUAGUGUUAAUUGCCGAACAAAACAUUUUACGGUGUUAUCAAACAGUUACAAUCCAGGAAUUCAUCUGAAAAAGAAUUCUACAGUAGACGCCCGAGCCCGAGAGCCAGAUAUAGUGUGUGAGCAACAACAUGCUUCAUGUGAAAGACUGACGUCAGUAAUACCUCUAUAACGGUGUAAACAUAAAAAUAGAUUUCUGCUAUAGCAACGACAUACAAUUCCUCUGGGUAAAGGCGGUGGUACAGUGCAUAAGUUUUGAAACAAGAAAUUUACUACUGAAGAAAGUGUUACUUUGAAAAGCCGGUUCAUCAAUAAUAGCGGAGUACCAGUAAACCUGUAUUUCACAAUACGUGUGCAACUAUGGCUGUAGACUGUAAUGAAUAAUUCGAAAAAGCGGAAGCAGCUUGAAGGUAUUCCAGGAAAAGAAAUCAGAUAAUGAGGAUAGUUCCUGUCACAGCACAUAAAACUAUCGAACGAAGGCAGCGUUAAGUGUAUGGAGAUCGCAGUUUUGGAUCCUAUUGGAGUAACAUCAUUAAAACAUACUGAGUAUCUCAAAUCAUUUAAUUGUGUUCUCUUGUCAAAAGUCAGAGGAAACAUGUCUAGUGAACGAUAUGAAAGUGCAAGUGAUGGUCUUUUGUCAAGAAAUACAAAUGUUUCCUUGAAGGAAAUAACUCUUCUUACGACUUUUUGUGAUAUUCAGAGUGCUUCUGUUUCCAGUUCAAGGUCAAAAUUUGUGCAACGAAGGAUCAAUAGCAAGAAAAAGAUCAGGAUUAAAUUCACUAUCGUCUUAUAGUUUGACAGUCAACAAUUAUCUCGGUAACGAGCGGUUUUAUAAAACACGACUGAGACAUUGACUGGUUCAUAAAACGAGUUAAAUCUGUUGUUAGUUUCAUAGUUUACAUGUGUACAUAGGUGUCAUUUUUCUGCAAAUCAUUUACAUUUUUACAUUUAAUCACAGAGCAAUGCAUAAAACAACUACUACAUCUCAAUAAAUACAUGAAAUCGUUUUGGUAAUCUUGUAAAUGAGUGCAAAUAUUCUUGUAGUUUGCUUUUGCCAUAUUGUGUGGCAUAUAGCAGAAAUAGAGAAUCCUAUGAUUUUCGAAUUCAGCUUGCUAAUGAAUCAGCACCAUUAUAAUCAACUGUUACAUUGAGUGUUAAGAUUAAAUUAAAUGAAAUUAAAACUUUCUAAUUGUUUAAUAGAUUGUUAACAAUGCCAGUUUUUAAUAUGUCUCAAUAAUUCGGUGGCAGAGAGGAAAUAACGUCUUUAGACAACUAAGUGCACAAGGACUGUGUCAUUUUAUUUGUUGCACAUUUCGUCUCAUUUGAAAAAUAUUUGUAAUGAUUCCAGAUGUUACUAUGACAGUAUUGUAGAUUCUAAAAUGCGAAAUAACUUAUUUUAUCAACAUUGUGUACAUAUAAAGGACUAUUAGGAUGUCAAACGUGGAACACAUGGUGAGUUUGAUUCAUGUCAUCAUCUAAAGUUAAUGCAAACCCAUUACUUACACACGUGCCGUAUUACCUGGCCUUAUUAGAUAUACAUACUAUUACACAUGUUUGUAAAGUUAUACACGGAUGAUCCGUCAUUUACCGUCCUGAAAUGACCAUAGCUGUAGAUAGGACGUUAAACAAUACUAAACCAAACCAAAUCAACCCUUCAUAUACAUAGCAUGAAUUAGUAUUUGAAAUAUUUCUUGACAUUAACGUCCAGAUGACGUGUAAUCAAAACUUCACGACAGAUAAUUAGGAUACAGUAUUACAACGGAACGUAAUCAGGUUAUACCUUUUACGGUAUUAGCCAUCGGUCUCAAUCUCCAGACUGUACCAUUAAUAAAAGGGUGCUUCAAAUGCAUAUAUUUUCUUUCAACAUGGAGGAUGACACAAACAGAUUAUUUGAACACUUAAUGAAACUCACAUUCCUUUCAUCAUUUUUGUUUUAAGUGUAUAGUGAUAUGAAAAUGCUUUAUUGAAUAAAAUAUCUGAAUUGUACACUGUCUUCACAG